GUCAAUGUCUAAAGUUCAAAAUAGAAACGUCGUCGGUUUUGAAUUUAAAUUUUGUAAACAAAUAUUGAAUAAUUGAUCAUUGCUUAUGUAAAUUACUAUAUAGCCAUGCAUAAAGCUUCAUCUGAUUCGAAAGUAAAAAAAACACUAGUUAGAAAUUGUGAGCUUAAAGUAAGGCCUUCGACGCGGAGACAAGUUGUGCAUGAUGUAGCAGCUUCGUCGAGAACUUCCCAAAAGUCUUUACGUUCUCAGAAAGAAAAUGAGUUGAGCCAGCCAACGUUAUGUUCGAGUGAAUCGAUAAAUAAUUAUAUAGCUGACCUAAAGAAACUAAGUCCACCUCCACUAUCGGCAGAGGAUUUAAAUGUUGAUAAGGGACAAUUAUGUGCUAAAAUGACAAAAAAGCUAAACUUCCAGUUUAAUGACAGAAUAUACAAGAAUCUCGUUGAGUUGAAUGCAAAUGUGAAUAAUUUAAAAAGUAAAAAGACCAAAAAGCCCACUACUAACACUUUAAGAAAAGAUCUUGAACCAAACAUAGAGGAUUUUUAUGAAGAUGAAAAAGAAAUUGACUCUCCACCCAAUAUUCCAGUAUUAAAACCCAAGUUUAGACCAAUCAAAAAAGUUGAUGAUGGCCGCCUACACAAAUUAGUUGCAGCAUUUGAAGAUUUAUGACAAUUUUAUAUGGACA